AUGGAAGAAAAAGCUUAUUCAAAUACAGAUCCAACAAGUAUCCCGAGCUCUAUAGGCGAUCAAAGUCCUGAAUAUUCUGAUAAUGUUUACAGCAACUUAGAAAAUGACUGCGAGAAUGACGUAAUCCCUAAGUUCGAUCCAAUUAAGUGUACCGAAAACUCCAAUGAUCAUUUUAAUGAGUUAGAGAGUUCUAAUUUUGUUGAAGGCGCAAAUGAUCCUGUGGACCUUUGUAAUAAAAUUCCCAAUUUUUAUCCUCUGCUUGAUUUUUGCGUAGACACGGAGUCUACUGAAUUUGCUGUUGAAAAUAUUAUUGUUUCGCAAGAAUUCUUAAAGAAGCUUUGUAAUGAUAUGAUUCCGGGUAGUUAUGAAUCAAUCUCCAAGGUUGAUUACGCUUCUUUGAACACAAAGUCACUUGGAUUUAUAGGAAUUUAUGGAAGAUACGAAGUUAUUGCAAGAUAUUUUUUACAAAAGAAUGUAAUAGAUGAAGAAAUUGACAACAAUACAGAGAUAAUCGAACCUCACCUUAAACCUGGAAUUUAUCUUCUGAUUGAAAAAGAACAUGGUUUUAUCAUCCAUUGGCCCGAAAAAAAUUGCUAUGAUAAUAACACCUCAUCUAAAGCAAAGAGUAAUCUUGUGACUCUUCACCGAUACCUCACAAAACUAACGGACGCUGUGUUUUGUUUAAUGAAUACACAAGAUCUGAUGAUUUUCGAUUUUGAUUUUUUUGACAAGUGUAAGGGUGCCAAUGAUGAUGACUCAAUUAUAGACGAAUAUGAGGUCGAAGAAAAAAUCCAAGACGAAAAAGAUUUCAUCGUUCAUACAGGAUUUAAACUUAAUAUUAAGGAUGGAAAUUCUAAAGAAAAGUUGACUCUGGAUUCAUACCCUCCUCCUGUUAUGCCGAUAGAGUCAUGCUACAAUCAAUCGUUUAUUAUUUGUCGUACGGUUGAACCCAUUAAAUUGACUGAAGAAUAUAAAUUAAUAGACAAGAGUUCUGAUCAAGUUCUCAACGCAUUUAAAGAUACUAAUUUAAGAGUCAGCCCUUCUAUUGGUUUAAAAACUUUAAUAAAUUUAGCUCGGGUUUUGUCUGUAGGAAGUGAAUUUAUUAAAUCAUAUAAUAACGAAAUAAGUGCGACUCGUAAAGAUAGAGAGGAAGAAAAACAAAAAAAUGAGGAUAUUCUUGUGGUUGAUUCCACUCUUCUUUCCUCUUUGCUUAGAUAUCGGAUAAAAAACAUGUAUUGGUACGUGUUGAACGUUUUAAUGUUCUCCAUAACUUCUAAUCAAUGCUUUUAUAUUAGGUUACUCGAAAAAACAUCAGAGGAUGAAUCUAAUCAAGAAG